GUUCCGGAGUCGCCUUCAUCCACAUCUGCCAGCGCCCCAGCCAGGCCCAGUACGGCUUGACGGAUCCCAAGAGCUUGGCUGAGUACCUCGACCACGCCAACAUCCGCCUGGUCCGGGCCGAGUACUUGUACGAGCUGCUGAAGUCGAAGAGGCUCUUGCCUAGACGCCAAGAAGCUGACCCGGAGGAGUGGGGCCUUGUGACGCAUGCAGAAGUGAGGGCCUGGGCCGCCGGAACUCGGGAUGCGAUGAUCUGCUCGGUGUCCCACGCUUGGGAGAGUCGGGAGCAUCCGGACCCCUGCGGCCACCAAUUGAAGAGGCUUGUUGAAGUCGUGUCUCUCUUCGACGCAGCCUACUUCUCGGACGUGUGGCUGUUUUACGAUUAUGUGUCUCUGUUUCAGUUCAAGCGGGAGUCGGACGCAGAAGAAGAGAGCUUUCGACGGUCGAUGCAGGACAUGCACGUCUUGUACGCCCAUCAGUGCACCCGAACUUUCCGCAUAGAAAACCUCACCCCAGACGAUGUCUGGGAAGCGGCGACCAAGAAUUCUAAGUAUCGAGUGCGAGUGUACGACGCAAGCAGCGCUGUGGUCCGAGAUCGUCCGCUCAAAGAGCUGGUUGCGAACCGGGUGCCAUACGGAACGCGCGGGUGGUGCAAGGCGGAGGUUGAGUGGUCCUCGGCCCGGAGCAGAUCCGAGCGGAACCACUGCAUCGAUGCUCCCGAAAGUAGACAACACUUUAGAGACUGGCAAGAAGUCAGUGAGCCAGCGCCAGAGUUGCUGCAAGAGCCAGCGCUGCUGGGCAAAGUGCCCGUGGCUCCGGAGAUUUUUGCGGAAGAGAUGGACUCGGCAGCCUUCACCCAUCGGUCUGAUGCCGCAGAGGUGAAGAAGCUGCAGUUCAAGGUUUUCCUCCAGAAAGUCUCCGAGUGCGAAGAGGCGCUCUUCCAGUGUCUGCCCGAAGGGCAGCUGAGGCAGCUGGCAAAGGCCCUGCCUUACUUCAAGAAGCUGAGGGUGCUGAGGCUCCGGGACUUUAAGGCAGGCCGAGCAGAGGCUGGGGAGUUCGCGAAGGCGCUGACAUCGAACCAAACGAUUCGCGAGCUCGAGAUACAUGGCCCGAGGUUUGGCUAUGAGCAUGAAUAUGGUUUUCGACGAGAGGCGAUCGCCGAAGCUUUGAAGACCAACUCCACCCUCAUCAGCAUCAGCCUCGAAAGCAACCGCAUCGGUGUGGAGGGUUGCAAGGCGAUCGCCGAAGCUUUGAAGACCAACUCCACCCUCAUCAGCAUCAGCCUCGAAAGCAACGACAUCGGUGUGGAGGGUUGCAAGGCGAUCUGCGAAGCAUUGAAGACGAACUCCACCCUCGCCAGCAUCAAACUCGGAUACAACAACAUCGGUGAUGAGGGUGCGCAGGCGAUUAGCGAAGCUUUGAAGACCAACUCCACCCUCAUUAGCAUCAGCCUCGAAAGCAACCGCAUCGGCGUGAAGGGUGGCAAGGCGAUCUGCGAAGCGUUGAAGUUCAACUCCACACUCACCAGCAUCAAUCUCAAAGGCAACCGCAUCGGCAAGGGGGCUGUCAAGGCGAUCUGCGAAGUGCUGAAGACCAACUCCACCCUCACCAGCAUCAACCUCGCAGUCUGCUACAUCGGCGAUGAGGGUGCGGAGGCGAUCGCCGAAACGCUGAAGAGCAACUCCACGCUCACCAGCAUCAGCCUCCAAGGCAACGACAUCAGCGAUGAGGUGCUUGCGGAGAUAGAGAAGAGGUGCCCACACCGACUCGUGGAUUCUCGGGCGGCCGAGGCUCCGGAAGCUGUAAAGGCUUGGACGGGGCGAGUGCGCAUAGAGGUCCUCGCAGAGCAAUUGAACGUGCACUGCAACCCCAGCAAGUUGACCUUCCAUUGCAUUGGUCACGACGUCCGAAAGGUAGAGGCGAUCUGCAAAGCGUUGAAGACCAACUCCACAGUCACCAGCAUCGACCUUUUCAACAAUGACAUCGGCAAUGAGGGUGGGAAGGCCUGGUUGGCAGAGAGGACCAACUCAACGCUCGCCAGCAUCAACUUCAAACGCGACCACAUCGGCGAUGAGGGCGCGCAGGCGAUUGGCGAAGCUCUGAAGACCAACUCGACGCUCGCCGGCAUCAACCUGCAAAACAACAACAUCGGCGUGAAGGGUGGCCAGGCGCUUGCAGAGGCUCUGAAGAGCAACACAACAGUUCGCGAAAUUGAGCUCUACGGAAACAAGAUCCCCGCCGAGUGCGAGCAGGCCAUCGUGGAAGCUACCGGGGGAAGGCCCGGCGGGGUUGAGCUUUAUUGA